CUUCGCGAGAGAAAAAAAUAGAAAAAAAUUGAGGGAAAAAAAUCGGUGAAUCCAAGGGGUUCGGGCGGAUUUGGACGAAGUUUCCGAACUGUCCCGGCCCGGAGGAGCCCUGGGGGUUGAAAGGGAAUCGCCAGCACCGAAAUAAUGGAAGAUUCCCAUUUCAACUCAUCAUACUUUUGGUCUCCCGUUCCAACAGUGCAAGGACAGAUUGAGAACGCCAUGUUUCUGAAUAAGAUGAAAGAGCAGCUGGGGCCGGACAAGGGAGCUGGUUUUCCGCACUCGUCCGCGGCGCACUACCCCACGGCGGUGCUGACGGUGCCGGGCUCGGUCGCCAUGGACACGGGAGCCGUCGGGAGGGUGCCCAAGCAGGAGGGUGGAGGAGGAGGAGCGAGCGGGACGGCAGGGCCGCAGAUAUCCGGCGUGGGAGCGCACCUGCAUCCUCCUCACACGUCCCAGAACAUCACGGUGGUGCCUGUCCCGUCCACCGGCAUCAUGACAGCAGCAGGGUUAGUGAUCACGACUCCUCAAGGGGCGCUGGUCACUCCUCCUUCCUCCUCGCAGUCUUUUGUUUCUGGACCUCCCACAACGACCAUGAUCGUGUCCGCUUUACACCCAACUAACACAGAGGCUGUCCGGCCCCCUUCCCUCUAUCUCCACAGCCACUAUAAGAAAGAGGACGGAAGUAUCCCACCCGCUGUAGUCAUGCCACUUCCCUCAAAGCGGGGCAGAAAGAAGAAGUCCAUGAUGCCAAGGGCAGGUCCCGUUUCAGCCCAUGCGCUCGCCACAGGAAGUGAUGCGCUGAUUCUUGCACACCUGGCCACUGGGGGACAGCACAACACGAGUGACCCGUAUGACCUUUCCAAUGACGAGGAUGAUCAUCCAGGCAAAGAUGGGAACAAGUCAUACAGGUGCCGCAUGUGCGCGGUGACGUUCUUCAACAAGUCAGACAUGCAGAUUCACGCCAAGUCGCACACGGAGGCCAAGCCGCACAAGUGUCCUCACUGCUCCAAGUCCUUCGCCAACUCCAGCUAUCUGGCGCAGCACAUCCGCAUCCACAGCGGCGCCAAACCCUACACCUGCUCCUACUGCCAGAAAACCUUCAGACAGCUCAGUCAUCUACAGCAGCAUACACGAAACCACACAGAGGGCAAACCGCACAAGUGUCCUCACUGCUCCAAAUCGUUCGCCAACUCCAGCUACCUGUCCCAGCACAUCCGCAUCCACAGCGGCGCCAAACCCUACACCUGCUCCUACUGCCAGAAAACCUUCAGGCAGCUCAGUCACUUACAGCAGCAUAACAGGAUUCAUACUGGCGAUCGGCCGUAUAAGUGUUCCCAUCCUGGCUGUGAGAAAGCUUUUACCCAACUAUCUAACCUCCAGUCUCAUCGAAGACAGCACAACAAGGACAAGCCAUACAAAUGUCACAACUGCAAUCGCGGCUACACAGAUGCGACCAGCUUAGAGGUUCACUUGUCUACACAUACGGUGAAACACGCCAAACUCUUCUCCUGUGGCCUCUGCAACCGCGCGUACACAUCUGAGACGUACCUGAUGAAACACAUGCGAAAACACAACCCAGACCCUCUGACGGUAGCAGCGGCGGUAGCUGCCCAACAAGCCCAGCAGGGCCAGAACCCGGCUCAGGCCUCGGGUGCGGGAGGAGGCAGGGGUCGUGGGAGAGGCAGGGGGGCCGCUUCAGCCGGGGCGGCAGCGCAAGCCCAGAACCAGCCCAACCCCAACCCACCUACCAGUUACUCUGUUACCGAGGGAAUACCCUGCCCUUUCGACCUGCACCAGUACAAGACCGUUUCGGCUGGAGAGAUCCAGUACAAACCGGUCACCGUGGCCGACCUGGCGGCCCACAAAGACCUCUGCCUCACCGUCUCCACCUCUGCCAUCCAGGUGGAGCACAUGAACUCGUAGAGGAGCUGGAGGAGAACGAGAGCGAGGAGGUGGCGGGAGGAGAACGGACUAUAGAUUGCAUAGGAAAUAAAACACUGCCUUGGGACAGAAGAGGAUUUCCAAAUACAGACUGGCAGGACGGGACGGCAAGUUUGCUAAUUGAGGAGAAAAGGAGAGAUGAAGGAGGAGCACAUGAACUCUUUCUUAUGAGCUGUCUUUCUUUAGGCUUGCUCUGCAGUGUCACAAAAAAGGACUUGAGCUUUCAUGGUGGAUAUUUUCAGUUAGCAGCUAUUCAAAUGUACGAUUCCCAGCCCUAAUUCUGUCCCUUCGGCCAAUAGAUAUAUUAUAUAUAUAUAUUGCAAAAGUCGGGCUACGGAAGUAAAAAAAAAUCCCAUUCAUUUUCUCCAUAGGGGAAUUGAUUUUUGAUCAUUAUUAACAAACAAUUGAAGAUAGCUGUGAGGCUGUUAAAGGGACAGUUCAUCCAAAAUUAAAACCAAAACCAAAGAUAAUAAUUUGAAGAAUGUUAAAAUAAUAGCAUUGUUCCUUUCAAAGAAACUACAUUACUACUGAUUCUGAAAAGAGGUCUUAACCAAUCUGGGAAGAUCACCAAAUGCAUAAACUCUUAAGGAUGCAGUUAUUAAAUACGUUUUUGCUUCAAAUCGGUUUCCAAUGUCACGGUCCACCAUGUAGCUGGUUGGUUUGGUUCGUUGGCUAAAAACUCUUCAACAAAGACUUCCUUAAAAUCCACAUGGAAAACAUUUAAUUGGAAAAAUUCUUUGAGCCAAGACCAAAAAGUGGGCAAAAACCACUUUUAAAAAAUACAUUUUACACGUCGGUCUGAAAUGUUCCCUCAGAAUCAUGAUCGACUUCUUAACUUUACCCAUAAAUACAUCACCCUCGGUCUUGAGAACAUAACGUCCAGGUCAUUUUAUUCAGAAUCAUCGUUUUUGACUUUGAGGGCAUAAUGAAUAAAAUUAAAAGUAUUCGAUUUGCAAAUUAUAUUUUUCGAUUAAUUAAUUAUUAUCGAAUUAAUUAUUCGAUUUUAGACUGAAAAAAAAAAUGAAGUGCUCAUUGGAGAAGUGAUCAUUGAGCAAAGAAUUUUACCUUAGUGUUAUUUUUUCCUCCAAUGGCACAUUUCUCUAUCGCUACUAAAAGGUACGUGAAAUGAAAACAAAGUUUAAUUAUACUAUAAACUAUAAAAGGACACAAGCUUUAUAAAUGGGUGAUUAAAGUUACCAGUGUCCGCUAAAAAAAGACUAGCACAAGCUUUAAAAACCAGCAAGUUUACUUUUUCUCUAAGGUUACAAAUGCUGGUAAACAAGAAAAUACGGACAAAUACCACCAAAGUAUCUGAAGCAACUAGUUUACAUCAGUAUUUCACAGAAAUACAGGCCUGCCUGCGGCAUUGGAGCAGGUUCACAGUCAUGUUCUUCCAGGUCAGGGAGACUUUGUAAGGUGUUUUGGAGUUUGAAGGGCUUUUAUGACACUGCUUUGCAGGCCUGCGGAUUGACUUUGCAGCUGGUUUGUCACUAGCAGCCGAGAACCUGCUGGAAAGAGGUGGCGAAGACUGCACUAAAGGGGAGAAGGAUAAACAGAAGCUAACGGUUUAUGGGGAGAUGGCACUUAAAUGAACUUUUUUAUUCAUUGUUUCUGUUUUGUCAUUACAUUUUAGCCAUUUAUCAUAUGUAUUUUUCUAUUGUCCUUGUGUGUGUAUGUUUGAGCGUGCGAAGGGUUGGUUGAAAGAGCAUGUAAGAAAACAUUUAAAGAAGGAGAUGAAUGUGAAAACAUCUAUAAAACUCAUUUUGUUUUGUUUUUAAGCUGAAGAGUUUAGUCAUUUUCUAUUUUCUUGACCCACAAAGAGUCUUUUUUUUUUUUUUCCAGAAAGGAAUGGAGAGGGAAAAUGUGCAGACAACAGUUUGGUUACCAGGUACUAUUUAGUAGUGUUUUUUUAAAAACCUUUAAUACCAGUUAUUAUAUUAACUUUGUUUUUUUUUUUUGCAAUUAUUACUAUCAUCAUCAUCAUCAUUAUCCAUUGGGAGUUACUCUGUGUGUGUAUAUAUAGAGAUGACAUGUUCAUUCAAAAAGGGAAGGAUUGUCUUUCUGGUCCAGCUGAAAUAUGAUUUUUAAAAAAUGUAUUAAAGGCAUCAUUAGAGAUCAGAGUAUGGGAUGUUAACAUAUUGCUAAACCAUCCGAUCGCUGACCUACAUGAUGCCAUCUGUGUCCAGCAAGCAGCCAAGUGAUUGGCUGAUCCUCCAUGUAUAAUCCUUGUUGUAUCCAUAUAUGUCUUUGGAAAAUAACACGGUUCUCAAUAUUAUUAUUAAUGUUACUUCUGUCACUCCUAAUACUUAUUAACUACUCUUUAAGAUGACUUUGCUGUAUAGAUCAACACUCAUUCAUCUUGACGUAACUGUUUCUCCUAAUAUGAACAAUAAAAAAUGAUAAACACAUUGUAA